AUGGUAACAAACCAUCCAAAGUGCAUAAUACAGUCAUAUCUUCAGUGGCUACAAGAUAGUGAUUACAAUCCCAUCUGCGAAAUAUGCACAAACAGUUUAUCUGACGGAGAGUGUAUUCGGCUUACAUGCUAUCAUGUAUUUCAUUGGGAGUGCGCAGAGUCGCGAUAUCGUGCCCUUCCACGUACUACUGCUCCCGCUGGUUACCAGUGCCCUUCUUGCGCUACGCCAGUUUUCCCACCAUCUAACUUGGUUUCACCUGUAGCUGAUGUUCUCCGUGAGAAACUUGCCGGUGUUAACUGGGCCAGAGCUGGACUUGGAUUACCAUUGCUUUCGGACGACCAGGAUAUGAAAGGAGCUGCAAGUAGACGCAGCCAAUCCCCUAUUGAUAAGUUUCAAUAUUCCAAUAAUGUUAUGGACAGCCAACGUGGUACACCGGUUGGUGCAAGUGACGACGAAUCUGCAAAUCGUUCAGCAACAAGCACACCACAUUCCAUUGUUCAAAUUACAGAUGAACCUGUAAACAUAUAUGAUGGUACAUCUAAAAGAAAUGACAGCUUACAAGCUAGUCAAGCUCCAAGAAAAAGUUUUAGGUCCACAGACAAUUCUGGCCUUUUAUCAAAUUUUGAUCAUGAUGAAAAUAAAUACAAACAAAAAUCUACAUUUUCCUGGAUCAACAGGUGGUGGAAGAAUACACUUCCGACUUCACGCGUGCGAAGAGUAGGUGGAAUCUACAGGCGUUACUGGAUUAUGCUAUUUGUACUAAUAGCAGUUAUAAUAAUCCUACUACUACUAAGCCACAGGAGUGUUGAUGAAGACAAUCCAUUUGGGUCCAUUCAAGAAGAUGACAGAAGAAUCUUACAGAAGAAU